CGAGGCCGAGCUCUGGCGGAUCCCGAGCUGCCCGGCGGGAGGGGCCCGCGCUGCGUUCCUCCCUCUACCGGUCCUCAUUAAAGCACGAGUCCACACGCUCCGCCUGUUGGAUAGGGUGCUGAGCACCGGAGAGGGAGCAGUAGUAGCAGGCCAGGGCCGAGCCGGGAGGGCCUGAGGCGACAGGGCUGCCGCGGCUGGCACGCCGGCGCCUCAGCCCCGCUCGAGUGUGUGCGGGAGCUGUGAGGGGAGGGGUCCCGGGAGCCAUUGUUGGUGGUCAGAGUGCCUCCUGGCCCCAAGUCCGCCCUCUCGGACCGAGAGCAGCCGUCGCCCGCCCCUGGACCCGGGCUUGAGACUCGGGUACCUCCAGCCGCCUGCCCGCCGCGCCGUCCGCCGCCCGCAGCCCAGGUGGAGACCAUGUUUGACAAGACGCGGCUGCCGUACGUGGCCCUCGAUGUGCUCUGCGUGUUGCUGGCUUCCAUGCCUAUGGCUGUUCUAAAUUUGGGCCAAAUAUAUCCAUUUCAGAGAGGCUUUUUCUGUACAGACAACAGCAUCAAGUAUCCGUACCAUGAUGGUACCGUCACAACCACUAUGCUCGUCCUAUUGGGGGUUGGCUUACCCAUCUCCUCUAUGGUUAUUGGAGAAAUUCUGUCUGUUUACUUUAACCUCUUGCACUCAAAUUCCUUUAUCAGGAAUAACUACGUAGCCACUAUUUACAAAGCCAUUGGAACCUUUUUGUUUGGUGCAGCUGCUAGUCAGUCCCUGACUGACAUUGCCAAGUAUUCAAUAGGCAGACUUCGACCUCACUUCUUGGAUGUUUGUGACCCAGAUUGGUCAAAAAUCAACUGUAGUGAUGGUUACAUUGAGAACUACAUAUGUCGGGGAAAUGCACAAAAAGUAAAGGAAGGCAGAUUGUCCUUCUACUCAGGCCACUCUUCGUUCUCCAUGUACUGCAUGCUGUUCGUAGCACUUUACCUUCAAGCCAGGAUGAAGGGAGAUUGGGCAAGACUCUUACGUCCCACACUACAAUUUGGUCUUGUUGCUGUAUCCAUUUAUGUGGGCCUUUCUCGAGUUUCUGAUUACAAACACCAUUGGAGCGAUGUGUUGACUGGACUCAUUCAAGGAGCUGUGGUUGCAAUAUUAGUUGCUGUAUAUGUAUCGGAUUUCUUCAAGGCAAGAAAUUCUCCCUUUAAAGAAAGAAAAGAGGAGGACUCUCAUACAACUCUGCAUGAAACACCAACAACAGGAAAUCACUAUCGGAACAAUCACCAGCCCUAAAGGGUAGCAAGAUGGCAGAUGAAACUGGCCUGUUUUCUAAAGGAAAAUGACUGCAACUAGAAGGCAAGAGGAUGUGUCUUUCUUCCUGGUGUACAGGCCUUUACAGGACUGCUGCUGCUAUGCCUCCUGAACGCCCACUUUAUGUAUAUAAUCACAUUUAACACAAUGGUUAUCUAAUAGCUCUAAGAUCAUCAAAAAAAAUUUCAAGCCUUCCACUAGAGCAAUGCCCCACCUAUACAUUUUUAUUAAAAAAUGUAAUGCUUAUGUACAUAUGUGUAUGUAAUAUGCUUUCCCAUAAUGUUUGAUUUAAAUACAUAUUAAAAUGUGUAAGGACAACUGUCUUGAGAUGAGAGAACACAACACUUGUAAGCAUUUGCAGUCAACUAUAAUCAAACCAGAGGUGAGUAUUUGUAAAUCCCAUAUUCCUUAAGUUGACUCUUUUAUAAGUAGAGGCUGGCAGCAAACACGAUAUCUCGCUUGAUUUUGGUGAUUCCUA